AUGGCAUACCUUAACCAGCCAUUGAUCAUAGUAACUUUCCUUUCUCUCUUCUUAUGUCUUGCAGCAGUUGAGCCAUCUUUGGAUCUGCAUCAACCCCCAAACCAAAACCAAACAAUGGCUUACAUAAAGUCCUCUUGCCAAGGAACCAGGUACCCCGAUCUGUGCAUACGUUGCCUAGCCAGAUUUUCUAAUUCCACCAUAGAUGGCCCUCAGCACUUGGUCCAUCUUGCCCUUUCGGUGAGCCUCUUCAGGGCACUAAAAACUAGGGGUUACUUGUUCAAAGUGGCCAAGGAACUGGAGGAGUUCAAGAGUGAUAGAGUAUACCUUACUGUGCAAGAUUGUGUAACGCAAAUCGAUGAUAGUGUGGACCAACUUUGCCAAGCCAUCAAAGAGCUCCGCAUGCUGAACAAACGCACCACCAUAGAUGACAACUUCUUGUGGCACAUAAGCAACGUCGAGACGUGGGUGAGCACUGCCUUAACAGAUGCUAGCUACUGUGUUCAAUCGUUACCUGGAACAAAGAUGAGUAAGAGGACAGCUACUAUAAAGGUUAAGGCACAAAAUGUUGCAGAGGUCACUAGUAAUGCACUAAAUUUGUUUCAUAGAUAUGCUUCUAGUUACCAUGUAGAAGCUAGAACUAGCAUAAAACCCUAA